AUGUCUCUCAAGCUGCCUGGCGUUUGUUUGAUAACUGGUGCAGCUUCAGGUAUUGGUAGAAGCGCCGCUGUGACUAUCGCACAAGAAGGAUGUGAGCGAUUGUUUCUGGCAGACAUUAACCUCGAAGGCCUCGAGCAAACGAAGAAACAAGCCCAGCAGGUGCAUCCGGCAGCCAGGCUGGAAGUUCACCGAACCAAUAUUGCUGACGAAGCUUCUGUGAAACAAAUGAUCGAUACAUGUGUCUCCAUCUUCGGCCGGGUGGACUAUGCUCUGAACGUCGCCGGCGUGGUGCCUCAGAGAAAAGGUAUUGCCGACCUCGACGUCGAGACGUAUGAUAGGGUGAUCCAUAUCAACGAGUACGGGACCUGGUUAUGCCACCAAGCAGAGAUUCGGCAAAUGAUCAAGCAGGAGCAGCUACCAAGCCACGCUCCCGUUCGAGGCAGUAUCGUUUCCGUCUCGUCACUCGCCGGCAUGAAUGCGUCCAGCGGUAUGUCGGCAUAUUGCGCGUCGAAGCGCUCGCUGAUAGGGUUUGCCAAAACCGACGCGCAAGACUACGGCCCGAAGGGUAUUCGAAUCAACGUCGUGUGUCCCGGUAUGAUAGAUACCGAGCUCUUCCGCCUCACCAGCCCGCCGGAUGCUCCGCCCAAAUUGGCGGCCAUCACCCCGAUUCGGCGCCUAGGAAAGCCGGAGGAUGUUGCUUGGCUGCUGGCGUUCCUGUGCAGUGAAAAGUCCACCUUCAUCCACGGCGCCGUCAUUCCGUGUGACGGAGGUUUGGUCUUGCAGAGAGGUGUGAUAUAG